UAGUGCACAACACGGUUGCUAGGAAACGGCAUAUACUCGGCUUUUUUUCUCGGUUGCGGACAAGCUAGUAAAGUUUAUACUUCUAACCAGCUGUGUGUUCUCGAGUUAUUCGGCAGCUAAACGGCCCGAGUUUACAAGCGGAUUGAAUUUAAGUUAAGGUUUUCAUCAAGCUAUCCCCGGCCAUGCCAUAUAUUAAAACAUCUCAUAAAACUCAGCCUUUGUCAACAUUGCUGGAUAUAAAGUCACAGAAAAAUGGACUGCGGUGCACAGUUUUCUCAGUCAGUGGAAAUGAAUACAUUGGAGAGUGGCAGGACAACAAGAAGCAUGGGAAUGGAACUCAGGUUUGGAAGAAGUCCGGUGCCAUUUAUAAUGGCGAGUGGAAAUUUGGAAAAUGUGAUGGACAUGGUACCUACAGUGUGCUACUCCCAGAAACAAAGGAAUAUGCAAAGAAGUACUGUGGUGGAUGGAAAAAUGGAAAGAAGCAUGGCCAUGGGACCUACCUCUACAAUAGCUCAGCAGUUUAUGAAGGGGAGUGGAGUGAGGACCAUCGGGGUGGCUGGGGAAGGAUGUACUAUGAGAGUGGAGAUAUCUACGAGGGAGAGUGGCUGAAGGAUAAGAAUCACGGACAGGGCAUCAUUCGAUAUGCAAAUGGAAACUGGUAUGAAGGCACCUGGCGAGAUGGCAAAAAGAAUGGAAAUGGGAAGUUCUACUAUUCUGACAGAGGCCAGCUUUAUGAAGGCUUUUGGGUGGAUGGAGUAGCAAAAUGUGGGACCCUCUCUGAUUUUGGGAGAGAUGAAGCACCAGCACCGACAAAGUAUCCAAUUCCACAGUUACACCUGGUGGAUAUGCAGUUGGUUUUAAAAGAAGCCCAGUCGGCCUGCCUUCAUCGGUGCUGAAGACCAAUCAGCUCACCAGCAAGUUUACCCUCCACAGACAAAGCAUGAAAAGAGACAAUAAAUGGCAUGAUGGCAGCUUGUUGAGUUUUGGCAGAAUAUUUACACCCAUAUCUGAGUUGUUCUUGUCUGUGAAGCAAAUCACAAACAUCUGUUGAUAUUGCUAAUGAGUCAAAAAUAACAGUGAUAUGAUUUAACACGUUAAUCCAGUUUAGGACCAAAUACUAACAGUUAAACACUGUCAUGAUAACAAAAUGCUUGCUGCUAACUUAUAUUAUCACAAUCUUUAGAGCUAAGGAAUAUAUUGAUAUUAUACUGUUAUGAUAUGAGACCAUAUAUGAUCUUAUCUUUUGGAUAUCAUUAUAUAGUGAUGUAGGGACAGUGUUGUGUUUUCCUGGUUUUAAUGACUGCAUCGUUAUUAAAGUGAUGUCAUUUUCUGAAUUUA